AUGCCAGAAGCAAUAUCGCCGCUCAUGACAAAAGACACCUUCGACGCCUCGAAGGCAUACGCCGCGCAGGAAGAAACCGCGUUCUUCGACGACGGGCGCGAGAUCGAACUACUGCACUUCGUCUACUCGCAUCCAGACCUCGAGAGCAUCCGAGGCUCACCGCAGAGAGUCCUCGACGCGAUCGACGAGUAUGCCCGCACGAGGAAAUAUCUUAUGAAUGUCGGCGAGGCCAAGGGGAGGAUUGUGUGUGAUUUGAUUGCGGAGGUGAAGCCAACGACAAUGGUCGAGCUAGGCGGCUACGUCGGCUACAGCUGCAUCCUCUUCGGCGCCGCCGUCCGCGCCGCCGGCGGAAGUCGCUACUUCAGCCUGGAGAUGAACCCCGAGUUCUCAGCGGUGAUCAUGGCGCUCGUCUCGCUCGCGGGCCUGUCGGACAUCGUGAAAGUCGUCGUCGGGGCGAGCGAUGCGUCCCUGGCCCGACUCUUCUCAACCGGCUCCCUGCAGCACAUCGACCUGCUGUUCCUGGACCACUACAAGCCCGCUUACACGACGGACCUGAAACUAUGCGAGGAGUUGAAGCUGAUUACGCCGGGCUCGGUCCUUGCAGCGGACAACGUGAUCAAGCCCGGGAAUCCGCCGUAUCUAGAGUACGUGCGGAGCAGUGUGCGGGAGAAGAGGAGGAAGGUGCGGGAGGCUGGUGGGGGGCUGGCGAAUGGUCGAGCUAUGCCUGGGAGGGCAGUGGAUCAGUAUAAGGGUAAGAGUGGGUUUGGGCGGAUGAGGCUGAAUCAGAGCGCUGGGAAUCCGGAUCUUGUGUAUGAGAGUCGCCUUGUGGAGAGUUUUGAGCCGACGGGUGAGCCGGAUGGCGUGGAAAUUACCAGGUGUGUGGGGGAGGGGCAGUAA